AACCUUCAUCUCGACUCAACGCGUUCUGGAGUCGCAUCGUUCAUCCCCCCCUUCACGGAAAACUCCACCGCAGUGCUUUUCGCCAGGCGCACUCCACUCCAAUACACCUUGAUACUACACUACAGCAGAAUUCACUAAAGUUUAUUCUAUAAGCUUCACUCCUCUUGUAAUAUUACCCAACCAUGGAUUCGCCCAGCUCUACACCCAACAAGUCAAAAAAGAGUACCAAAAAGCAGGCCCAGAUAUCGUCACCUGCAAAAUCCACAUCGAGCCAUUCCCGUACAUCCGCGUCCCCGUCUUCAUCCCCUAGCAAGAUUAAGUCGCCGUUAAAACCUCGACGAGAGGAAGACCUUUCAUACUUGGAACGACCAAAAGUACCGAAGCCAACGCAAUACCCGCCGCAGCCCCCGUUGAAUGCCCGGUUCGAGCGCCCUAAAACAAGAGCGCAUCGCGUCUCGGAGGCUGACUCGGAUCCAAUAGAGCCUGGAGGGCAUCAGGCAAUGGAGACAUCACGAUCGACAACAGUAACGCUUAUGGACUCCACUACUACAGAAGAAGUGCCGACAGCAUGGGAAGUACCACCGCCCCCAGAAACAGGGGAAGAGGACGAUGCUUCUAAUGAUACCAUGGAAUUGGUGCGGGCGGAGCAGGUCGAGGAUGCAUUGAAGGAUGUCAUGACGGAGGAAGAGACAGCAGGCCAUGCAGCAGGAUGUGCACCUUUCAGCGAUUUUGAGGCGGUUACCGUAUCUGAAGUACCCUCGACCACAGCUGAGAUACUGGUGACAGUGUCGAACACGGAGGAAACGGGCGCUGGACUCGGGGAAACAGCGCCCGACACUCUGAUCCCGGAUGAGGAUAGAAACCGCACACCACCUCCCACCACUAUCGACAAACUUGUACCUCACUCUGGCACACCAAUAACGCCUGUCACUAUACCCGCGCAGAUUGCAGUCGUUAAUGCUUCGCCCAGCAAGCGUGUCGCGUUCUCGCCCAAUAAACAGGAAUCUCGACUUUCCAAUCCCAGCACACUGCUAUCGCACACCAAAUUGAAGAGUAUUUUGAAACCACCAGCACCAUUUCGUAUCGAGGAAGCCGACAAUGAACGCAGUAUAGCCCCCAUAUCAGAAGCGGAGCCGUUUAUAACAGAUGCGAUGUUCGCCCUGACUUCAGAGGACCCGCAAUUGAGAGCGGCGACGUAUUUGGAUUUGCAGGCAAAACUCAGGAUGGGAGAUGGCAAAAUGUAUCAGAACGAGGUUCGGGAAACGAUCAGGAGAUUUACAGCGUACUCGUGCAGAGACUUGGACCCAAGUAACCCCUCGGCUCUGGUGCAAGCGGUGUUGAAGUGCAUUGGAUUUUACUUUUUCAACCAGAGCUUUGCAGCGUUAUUUACAGCCCAGGAGCUCGAUCCACUUAUGAACAGAAUCCUGCAUAUUAUCAACACUACCAAUGAAAAGCCUACUUGCACUCUUGCCAUCUGGUGCUUUGUCACAUCCAGAGUGCCAUCCCGACUCCUGACACCAUAUAUCACACGAAUGGUUCAGGUAUUUUCGGAUAACUUGGACAAUCGCUUCCAGUCUAUGGCUAUCAGCAGCGAGUCGCUCGUGGGAUUGUUCUCUUUGUUCAGCCAGUUUCCAGGCGAUAUUUUGCCACAUGUUCAGACAUGGCUUAUUCCUGUGAUUUCGAAACUUGUGGUCAAGGUUCCUGGUAUCCGCUCCAAGGCCUUGGAGCUCAUCACGAUGGCGACACCCAAACUGAUCGAGAAAGAGGAUCCACGGCGGAAGGAAGCCGUCACCAAAUUUAUGAAUGAACGCUUUACGGAGUUUUUCGAGUCGUUGACAAAGAAUUUCCUGGAAAACGGCGAUGAAGUAUACGCCGUAACUGUUUGGGGCGCCAUGGUCACAUUGAUCGGCAGAGACUUGCAAAAGAGGUCCUUCCUCAAUCCUAUGCUCAAGAUGGUGGAGAAAUGCUUCAACACAUCGUCGCAGCGGAGAACUGAAAUCAAAAUGGCGGCAUACCAGGCCUGGACACGACUUAUUUAUAAUUUUGCAGCUGCAUCUCUUAUAUCGCACGAGAAGCCUCUCAAACUUCUAUUAACGCCGAUCACGAACUGUUUUUCUGCGGAGAGGCACAAACGGGUUCGACUUGGAUGCACCAGCACUUGGUUCGCGCUGAUCUAUGCCCUUGGACCCUACUUACCAAAGAAUGCGGAUGAGGUCCUCUUUCCUCAGCUAAUGCUCGCAGUUGUGGACGAUUCGGAACACAUCCGCGAUGUGACACUGAGACUUCUUGUUGCUCUAUUUUCCAACUCUGGGGGCCAAGAACUCGUGGAAGGAACUCAGUAUAUCGUGCCAGGAACAAUAACAUUUGCGGAUUUACGCGGGAGAGACGAAACCUGGGUCCGAACAGAAUUACUGGCUCACGGGCUGGAUUGUAUCUACCAGACCAUUCGACUACAACACAAAAUUAGCGACUCUAGCCGUGAAGAAUGGAGAUGCAGCGCGCUGACCGGAUUGCCAAUAUUAACAGAACGGUGUGCCAGAACCUGGGAAAGUAUCGUCAAAGCAAUUCGUGAUCUCAACUUGCAGGAGAGAGGAAUGAAGGCAACCGCGGACGCCAAUCAGUCCUUGUCCUCGCUACUAUUCUUUAUCGAAAGGGUUUCGCACUGCGAUCCGAAGACUCUAAUACCGAUUGAAUGGCCUGAUACAAAUCAGAAGGAAAUUGGACUGUUGAAGCGAGACCCCGCCAUGGCAGGAUACAUUCUUCGAGCGGAUAUUGUACACUACUUUUAUGUCAGCGUGAUCGAGGCCUUCAGCAUCAAGACUUUAGUCGCCGCCCGGUACACGAUUCGCGACAAGAUUCAUGCGGAUGUUCAUAGUGCCAUCAAACAAGUGUCGGAGCCGCCAUCACAAGCGAGUGAAGUGACUGAACCGCAAAAUGAGACAACAAAGGGGGGGCCUUUGCCGAUCCCACAAGAGGCAUCACAGGAGACGACGCUUACUCCAAUUGAAUUCAUCCUCAAGUGCUGGCUGGCAACAGGAGAAUCGGUUAUCGGAACGGCUUUUGAGACAUCGUUCUGGCAGGCAGUAGCGACACUGGUGGAUAUGUCCAAGAGUGGAUAUCGCGUACUGGGCGCCCUUUAUAAGUGUUUGGACCACAUGGAGGACAUCAGGGCCAAGAGACAGACUUCGAACGAUCUUGUGUGGCCAUCUGAGUCCAAUGGUCCCGUUACGCCGAUGGUCUUCCGCGAAUACCAGUGCAAGUACUGGAGUAUUGUCGCCCAGAGACUCGGGAUGACCAUCAAUAACAGAAAUGAGCUCUCGGAGAACACGACGGCAGGGGAACAAACGGGCUACAACGAACUCUUCGACCUAUUACUUUAUCCCUUUGGUAUCUUGAGCGAACCGGCGGAGACAAAAGCAAAGCUACUCGAGAUGGACCACAGCCAAAGGGCGCAACUUACGCAAGAUGCAGACUCGAUGCAAACAAGGCUGCAGUUUAUUGAAAAGUUCAAAGCGAUCAGUAUGCCAACCUGGACGGACUUGGUGCGGAUUUUUUACAGGAUUGCACAGCAUAAGCGCGGAAAUGCUAAUGAUGCUCUGAACACGCUCGCCAAGUUGAUCCGAGAAUCCUAUGAUACUACAUUGGAAGUUGACUGGAUUCAAUCGUUGAGUAUCACCUGCACGAGCGCGAUCGCCGAUACCAUACUCCUGGUCUACCCUGUAGGUUCUCAGGCACAAGGCUCGUCGUCUGGACAUGGCCACAAUAAGCAGCUUGACAAACACUCCUUCGGCGAACUUUUAAAUCUUGGUUCGUUCUUGUUUGGGGAGGCAUACAAUUGUGUUGAGAGGACCAAGAAUAUUUCUGGUCUUGCCUCUAUUCCGUUAGACCAGGAAGCUGCGUUUUUAAUGAUGGAAAAGAUCAUCAACAAGGCUCCAGUGCCGCUUAUCUUUAGAUGGCUCCAGCUACUUGAGCAGCCAAUCAUUCGCUGGCUGGAUGAUCCGCGUAUGGUCAUCAGGAACCUGCCAAAGGUCGACCGUCGAGCUUAUCAGGCCAAGAUUGAGGACUUUUGGAGCACUUGCGUCUUGGCAAGACUGAUGAGCUGCUCGAAUGAUGGAAGUAAUGAUGGAUUGACGAGCGCUUUCGGUACGGUGUUGGAGGCUCAUGUUCCAACCAUCCGAGGCGCUGUUCAAAAAGCCCAGGCCAGUCGUGCGACUGGGGACACGCCUUCAUCAUCAACGACAACAGUUGCAGAGCCAUACAAUUCUGAGUCUCUGGCUAUUUUGGCGCCGCUGCUGUUUGCAGGCCUCAAUUCGCUCCGAAAGCCCAUCGUUAACAAGACUCUGGAGUUUUGGAAUAAGACCUUUGGCCGCUCCAAGGCGGACUUGGUGUAUCCGGAGAUGAUUGUGUCGAUUAUGCGGCAGUUGAAGCUGGUCGCGACCAUCAGCCUUCCUGGAUGGACGUUUGAAGACAUCUCCCAGACGGAGGUCCCGCAAUUCGCAUCGCUCUCACAGGAGCUAUUCUCUCUGCCAGUGGAAUUAAAGGCUCGGACAAGCCUCUCGAGGCUGCUUAAGCAGAAGGCGGAGGCUGCAGCUCAGCAAACGGCGAAGAAGAGAAGCAAGCAGAAACCUGAUAUUACGACUAACGGUCAUCAGAAGUACAUUGCCACUACAAUCUAUACUUCUUCCACAGCACACCCCGGUUCUCCCAUGACUAAUGAUGGCAGUGAGACUGACAACAGCACGGCAACAAGUGCUACCAAUAGCCGUGCUCCAUCGCCCGCCGCUCCGUCGACACCUACUCGCAGCAGGAAUCACACGCCGGCAGGAGAUUCAGACUGCUCUGUACAGUCCAACGGGGAAAUCAAGAAGGACAGGAAGCGGAAGAAGACCAGGAUUGUACAUUCUCUAGCCAUCGAUCCGUUGACAAAGACCCUCGUGGGACGAACGAGCGAAAAGAGCGUCAGCGGUACGCCUGAGGACUCUGCGGAUGAGGUCGAGAUCUCAACGCCAACAAAGAAACCAAGAAAAUCGAACGCUAAGACGACUGUCCUCCCAACGCCUCCUGUCUGGCGAAUGCCCACGGCACUCAAACCAUUACACGGACCAGCCAAGGGCAAGUCGUUGCCAAAGGCACAGAUGGCCGCGUUCUCUGGAUUUCCUGAGAUGGAUCCCAGCUCGGAAAAUAACUUUGAAGUGAAACCAAGGACGCGUUCUGGAACUGAGAACCAGGAAUCGGUGUACUUUCCGGCCUCUAAAGUGUCGACGAAUGCAAUGAAUGAUGCAUCUGCAACCCAUGUCGUUGAUGGGCAGGAAAAGGAUGCACAGGGCGAUAUGACAAUGGAUACCUCGUCUGCACUGCUUAUCUUUCCUUCUUUGAGAGAAACGGAAGGAACAAAAAAUAGAUCCAGGAGCGGUCAGCAGGCUAUUGGAUCGUCAGAUGCAGCUUUCUUUGAUGGCAGUACAUCUCCGAACGUUUUUUAUUCGGCUGGAUCGGAGGAGGCAAGGAGGGCGCCAGAGGCAAGCGAUGACGAAGAAGCUGGUAUCCCUCGCGAUCAGUUGACCGAAAUAGUGCAGAUGGAAGAAAUGAGAGCUGUGGAUGGUGCGAUCUCCACACCCGCGUUUGCACCUGGCCUCGCACCGACUCCUAUGGAGUUUGUAGCACCGAUUGAGACAGGAGAAGGAUUUGCGAUGGCUGUGCGACGCCUGGUUGAGGCGCGUGCAAUAGUCGGGCAGUUGAGCAUGAGGGAGCUCUUUGAAGUGCAGAAUCAGCUAAUGACACUUAAUCAAGCGAUUUGUGGAGUCUGGGGCCAGUUUGUUGAAGAUGACUCGAAGGAUUGCGAACGCACUGAUAUCCAACAAUAGAGCUAUCUCAGCCAGCAAACAGCCGUCUGAGGACAGUAUCAAUGGAAGUAGUCCUACCCCAAUGGCAUUAGCUAGCAUUUAACGUUAACGUUCGUUGUUAUUACUGACAAUCAUAAAGUCUCUGCGUCCUUUGGUUCCCCCGUCCC